GACAUCAUGCAGCAGGAGAGUGAUCGUCUGUUUGCUGCAGACAUCGAUCCUGACCUCAGGAAACGGUUUGCUUUCCUCUCAGGGGGCCGAGCUGAGAACGGCAGUCCCAUCAUCGUGUUCCCAGAAUUCCCUGCGUUUGGCGAGCUCCAGGAGGAAGAGUUCCACAACGUGCUGACCUACCUGACCAGUGUGCCCAGUGAGACGGCGUCUGGAGUGGGCUUCAUCCUGGUCAUCGACCGCCGCCAGGACAGAUGGACCGCCGUCAAGGGGACCCUGCUACGCAUUGCAGGCUCAUUCCCAGUCAAUUUACAGCUGGUUCUGGUCUUGCGGCCCUCCACCUUAUUCCAGCGGACACUCUCCGACAUCUUCUUCAAGUUCAACAGGGAUGAGUUCAAGAUGAAGGUGCCGGUGGUGAUGCUGAGCUCUGUGACGGAGCUCCAUGCCUACAUCGACCGGACGCAGCUGCCCCAGGAGCUGGGAGGAACCCAGGAUUACUGCCAUGAGACCUGGAUCUCACACCGCACCGCUAUCGAGGCCUUUGCUCUGAUGGUGAAGACCACGGCACAGACCCUGCAGUCGUUUGGGACGGAGCUGGCCGAGACCGAGCUACCCAACAACGCCCAGGCCACGUCCAACCUGCUGGCCACACACACCGAGAAGAAGGGACAGAUGAAGGAGGACCUGUGUGUGGCCCUGGGCCAGGGGGGCCGGCUCCUGGAGAGCAUCAAUGAGCCCCUGCAGAGAGAACCUGACUAUACAAUGAACCAGGACGAGCUGGAGAACCUGGCCACCGUGCAGAGACUGCUGGGCCAGCUGGAUGAGACAGAGACAGCGUUUGAUGAUUUCUGGGAGAGACACCAGACCAAGCUGGAACAGUGUCUGCAGCUCCGCCAUUUUGAAUACUACUUCCGUGAGGUGCGUGCCCAGCUGGAUGUGGUGUCAGAGCGGGUAGAGGCGUUCUCGGAGGUUGGCAUCAGUCCCGCCCAUGCAGAACACAUCCUACGAGAACUCAACAGCCAGGAGGAGAAAGCCUGUGAUGUGUUGGACUGGGCUCUGGCCCUGGCCACUGAGGGGGAUGGGCUGAUUGAGAGUGCUCACUACGCUGAGGACUCCAUCCUGCCUAAGUGCAGUGAGCUGAGGGCCGUGUGUGAUGAGGUCACCUCCUUCCUCAAGACCAAGAAGGUCCUCCUCCUGAGGGCCAUGGAGCUGCACCACUGUCUGGAGAAGGCAUCGAGGUGGUGUGAGGAAGGGAUCUACCUCCUUGCCUCCCAGCCGGUAGAUAGAUGUCAGUCUCAGGACGGGGCGGAGGCUGCGCUGCAGGAGGUGGAGAAGUACCUGGACACGGCCGCCCAACACCAGAUCACCGACCUCAACGCCAUCUGGAGGGACUAUGACUCCAUCCUCAAUCCAGAGCUCAGGGAGCAGGUAGAGAAGGUGUUUCAAAAGCAGGUGUCCAUGCAGGAGAUGUUUGAGAAGAGGAGGGUCAGUCUGAAGAAGCUGGCAGCCAAACAGACACGGCCCGUCCAGCCAGUGGCUCCCAGGCCUGAAGCCAUCAUCAAGUUCCCCAUGUCCCCUCCUUCUCACAGGAGUCAAGAGACGAGGAAUGCAGAGGACAACAUCUUGAACGUAGAAAACUGCAGAAUAGUGGAGGUCCAGGUGCAGAACGGCAGCAGCAGACACGGCUCUCUGUCUGAGGAGGAGGAGAACCUGGCUGUGCUCCGACGACAUGUAAUGAACGAGCUGUUGGAGACUGAGAGGGCGUAUGUAGAGGAGCUACUCUGUGUACUGCAGGGUUAUGCUGCAGAGAUGGACAACCCUGCCAUGGCCCACCUCCUCCCCAGUGCGCUGCUCAACAGGAAGGAUGUCCUGUUUGGGAACAUGCCAGAGAUCUACCAGUUCCACAAGAGGACAUUCCUCAGGGAGCUGGAGACCUACACAGACGUCCCUGAGCUGGUGGGACGCUGUUUCCUGGAGAGGAUGGGUGACCUGCAGAUCUAUGAGAAGUACUGUCAGAACAAACCUCGCUCCGAGAGCUUGUGGAGACAGUGCUCCGACUGCGCCUUCUUCCAGGAGUGCCAGAGAAAGUUGGAACACAAACUGGGGUUGGACUCGUACCUCCUCAAGCCAGUCCAGAGGAUAACCAAAUACCAGCUGAUACUGAAGGAGUUACUGAAGUACAGUAAGGGCUGUGAGGGUUCAGAGGACCUGCAGGAGGCGCUGUCCUCCAUCCUGGGGAUCCUGAAGGCCGUCAACGACUCCAUGCACCUCAUCGCCAUCACAGGAUAUGAGGGGAGCCUGACGGAGCUGGGCAGGCUGCUGAUGCAGGGGUCGUUCAGCGUGUGGACGGAACACAAGAAAGGUCACGCUAAGGUCAAGGACCUGGCCCGCUUCAAGCCCAUGCAGAGACACCUGUUCCUGCAUGAAAAAGCAUUGCUCUUCUGUAAGAGACGGGAGGAGAAUGGGGAGGGUUACGAGAAAGCCCCGUCCUACAGCUUCAAACACUCCCUCAACAUGAGUGCGGUGGGCAUUACGGAGAGCGCCAAGGGUGACAACAAGAAGUUUGAGAUCUGGUGUAAUUCCAGAGAGGAGGUGUUUAUCGUCCAGGCUGCGACACCUGAGAUCAAAACAUCUUGGUUGAACGAGAUCAGGAAGGUUCUGACUGGCCAGCUGAAGGCCUGCAGGGAAUCUAGUCAAAAGAAGGCGUCAGACACAAUGUCUCCCAGUCCAACCAGCAACAGCCCACCGAUGUGUCUCAGUCCAUUUAGGAACUGUCAGAAGAGCGUGAAGAAGGGAGAAGAGAAGAAGACAGAUGCUGUCUUCUCUGACCCCAACUCCCCCUCCUCCCCAAAACACAAAGAGGAGACAGUCACCAGUCCCACCACUGACAGGGCAUCAGUGGCUAAAAAGCGUUUUACCCUUCAAGGCUUCAGCAAUCUGAAGAGUCAGAAAGGAUCCCUCCUUAGCCCUGACCAUAAAGCCAAACGCCACGAGAUUAAGAGUGACCCAUCUCCCUUUGGGUGUAAAGGUUGGAACAAGGCCUCUUUCUCCAUGGACGUGCCAGAAGUGCAUGAUGGGUACUCUAGCGCCGAGGACCCCAUGAACUCUGACCCUGAGGAUGAGGGAGGCAGGAAGCUGGCUGUCGGCGACAGGUUCACAGUGGUGGCGGACUAUGAGAAGGAGAAAGGAGGGCCUCAGGACCUGUCAGUGAAGAGUGGAGACAUGGUGCAGCUCAUUAAAGAGGGAGAUGACGGACAGUGGUUUGUUAGAAAUAUGGGGAGCAACAAAGAUGGCUGGGUAGCAGCAGCCAACCUUCUCACCCUCAUCACAGAGUCCAAGUCCUCGCAGUCCCUCUGCAGCUCAGAGGGCAGUGUAACUGGCAACCUCAGCACCUCCUCCAGCUGCAGUGAAACCUACACAAGUUUCUCUGAUAUCAAGCCCUAA